GUGGGUUUUGAGUAUGGUUCAAAUUUUUUUAUUGGGCUUCUAAAUUAUAUCUAAGUUGCUUUCAAUUUUUUAGCCCAACCAAUUACAGCCCAACAAAGUUAAUAAUUAUGAAAUUACCCAAGAAAAUUAAGUUAAUAGAAUCCAGUCAUUCACUAAGAUCCAAACACCCUCCAUCCCUCACACGUGUUUUCGUGCAUGAAACCAACGGCCACACGUGUCACCCCAUCCUCCUCCAUCUCCUUCCCCCAAUACAUCUUCAAUCGUCUUCUCCACAUUCACAAUCUCAUCUCUCUGAUUUCUCCGAUCACACACACACACAGCAACAAUGGCGGAUCGACAAUAUCCGGCCGCGAGGUCAUCCACCGCCGGCGGCUCCAUCAUGCAGAAGCUCAGAGAGCACGCGCCGAACUCAACACAGCUCGCCGGCCUCGCCACGCUCGUAGUCUCCGGCGGAAUAUUGCUCCUGCUCGCCGGACUCACCCUCACCGCCACCGUACUCAGCCUCAUCUUCUUCGCACCUCUCAUUCUCAUCUCCAGCCCGAUAUGGUUCCCGAUCGGCGUCCUGAUCUUCAUCGUCGUCUCCGGAUUUUUGUCCUUUCUCGGAUUCGGCGUCGCCGCCGUGGCGGCGGCGUCCUGGCUGUACAGGUAUUUCAGGGGGUUCCAGCCGGUCGGGUCGAACCGGUUCGAAUUCGCCAGGACCCGAAUCGCUGAUACGGCGGGUCAGAUGAAGGAUUAUGCUAGAGAGUAUGGUGGGUACUUGCAUGCCAAAGUUAAGGAUGCUGCUCCUAGCGCUUGAAAAUCGUGCUUUGCCGAAACCCGAGUUUUGCAUUAUAUUAUUUUCUCUAAUU